AAGAAAUCUUUAAAAAAAAAAGAAAGAAGUGAAAGUUGAAAAGGCAAAGGUUCUAAAAGCUGAGAAAGAAUUGCCCUGUGUGAUCUUUCUUCUAGUCCAUCUCUCUCAGCCCAUCCCACCCUUCCUAGGCCCGGAGUCUACUCCAGAAGCUGAGCAGCCAUGACAUUUGCUGAGGACAAGACCUAUAAGUAUAUCCGCGACAACCACAGCAAGUUUUGCUGUCUUGACGUUCUGGAGAUCCUGCCUUACCUGCCCUGCCUCACAGCCAGUGACCAGGAUCGGCUGCGGGCUUCCUACAAGCAACUAGGGAACCAGGACACACUCUGGGAACUCUUCAAUAAGCUCCAGCGUCGUGUUGGCUGGGUACAAUGUUUCAUCCAUGCUCUGAAGAUCUGUGAGCUGCCUGGGCUAGCUGAGCAAGUGACUCGAGUUUAUCAGAGCUACCUGCCUCCUGGGACUUCACUCCGCUCCCUGGCCCCAGUGGAGUCCCCAGCAAUUCCUCCUACAACUUCAGGACCUUCUGCGUGUGCUCCAGGCCACAGCAUCUCUGACAGUGACUACCAAGGGCAAACAGGCUACCCCAGGCCUGUCCAGGACACCCAGCCACCCAAGUCCCCAGGAGAGAAUUCAGAGCAAGCCCCACAGGCCAGCUUUGGGGCCAUCCCGAGGACGCCUGGCGGCUCUUUGAUGCCCUCACCUAACCUGCAGGCUGUCAGCUCUCAGCCCACCAGAGAGCAUCAUGGUCAAGAACCGGAACGGAGUGCCUCUACAGCAAGUGUUGACUCCAAUCCCACACCACUCCAUGGACCUGUGUCUCCAACUGUUUCCUUCAAGCCCCUACCACGUACUGCCCUGCGGAUGAGCCACUUGACUGGGGCCAUGGCAUCGGUUCCAUCUCCUGACACCUCCUUGUCUUCCUCUUCCACUGGAUUGGCUUUUACAAAGGGGCUGGUGACCAGGCCAAGGCUGCCACCGGUCUUAGCACUGACGGGAAGUACCCACCAAUUCUGUGACCACAAGCUCAGUGCCUUCUUCUGCCAAAGUGGUGCCGGUGACUACCAUGUCUUCCAAAGUGUCCUCAAGUUGCCCAUCAGCACUAAGUCCACUGCUGCAAUGCCCUCUACUGUGCCCACCAGUACAGCACCAUCAAAAUUACCCAUCAACUCGGCAUAUGUUGGCACAAUGCCAUCCAAAGUGCCUGCUAGUGUGGCCAAAGCACCUGCCAACAUAAUGCCACCCGACAGGAGCAGCAACCGAGCCAAGGAGACCCUCAAGCUUCCAGCAGCCACGGUCACCACUAGAGGCAGCCUGCCCGGACCUGAGAGCUUGCACUCUGGGCCAGAGUUGAGCAAGCCAGGUGUGUUGGCGUCCCAGUUGGACGAGCCGUUCUCAGGCUGCUCUAUGGACCUUGCCAUCAGCCCUAGCAGCUCCUUGAACUCAGAACCCAAUCAUGGUCCAGAGGAGAACGAGUAUUCGUCCUUUAGGAUCCAGGUGAAUGAGGACCCCAGUGCUAACCUCCUGGCAGGAAGCCCUGGGCCACUAGCCACCCGGGAGCCCCCAGAAGAGGAAGAGGAAGAGCUUUGUGUCAGUUCAAUACCCUGGCCCAAGUGGCUUGGGGCGGCCAGUGCACUCUUGGCUGCGUUCCUGGCAGUGAUGGUGUACCGUAGUAGGCGCCUGGCGCCCUGAAGCCUCAGCUGUGUGCCACUCACUUGCUCAGUUCUGCCAAGCAUGUUCUCUAGGCUUGGGCUGCUGGAGACUGAGUCGGGAACUUAGAGAUGGGGAGGUCCAUUGAGCUAUCUGGGUGGGAGCUGCACCGAGGCUCCAUCCACCGUGGGGAACGGGAGAGACAUUCUUUCCAUCCUAGUUCAUGCCCUCUUCUGGUCUUUAGCUUUGGGGCACUGAAUUACCACCACUACUAUUGGAGAAAUUAUUUUGGCCACUCCACGUAGUUAAAAGGAUAUUUAUUUAAUGGCGUAACUCACAAAUUAAG